AUGAAAUUUGGAAAGGCUUUAAAUAACGAAAUAUAUGAAAUUCCUUCUGAAUGGAGACCAUUUCUCAUUCAAUAUAAGCAUUUAAAAAAAUGUAUCCAUAAAAUUGAACAUGAAUUAAAUGAAGUUGGAAUGUCUCGAAAAUCUGUGAAAACAAAGUUUAAAGAUGGUUUUAAACUUGAAUAUUCAUUCAAAGAUGAUAAUAAUCAUGUUCAUACUUGCAUCAAUGUUGAUUUUGGUGAUCAUAAACGGAACUCUCCUAAAGUUCAAUUAUCCACCUUUAUCCAUCUGACCGAAAGUUCGCAUUCUAAAUGUGAAAAUGAUCCCAUAUCUUUAUGUUCAGAUGAUUCUCAAUGCAAUAAUGCAAAAGUUGUUGGUUUUGAUGAUUUUAUGAAGAAUUUACCCCGUCAUGACGAUGAAUCUGUAAUUCGCAUGGAAGAAGUACUUAAAAAUCUCAAAAAAACGCUUUGUGUUGAACGUGAAUUCUUUGACAUUCUUUUGGAAGAAAUAUCCCAACUGAAUCACCUUCAACAAAUAAAUCAAGAACAAUUUAGCAAUGAACUUAAAGAAUUAAGAACUUUGUUAAUUGACGCGACAUCUCCGUUUAAAAAAGAUAUGUAUGUUUGGCGAGAAAUAUUUGAUAAAUAUAUUUUUGCCGAAAUUUUUAUCGGAAAUACUGAAGUUGACAGAAAAGAGAGAGGCUGGGAAGUGGCUCAGAGGAAAUUAAAUAAAUUUAUCGAAGAAUUGAAUAAAUCCCAGUUGGCAAAAAAAUUAAGGGAGCCUUCGUCAAAAAUCAUUUUUGAAGAGUUCUUAAAGCUAAAUCAUAAGCUUGUUACAAUGAAGCGUUUUCAACAAAUGAAUAGAACUGCUAUGUUCAAAAUCUUGAAAAAGCAUGAUAAAAAAUCAUGUUUAAAUGCCAGUUCGAAUUUCCAAAACCUUAUGAAAAAUGACACAUAUCUUAACGAAAAGAUAUUUAAAAGCCUUUGCAAUGAUUUGACAGAGAAUUUAACUUCAAUUAUUCCUCAAACGAAAGAUUAUUUAUGUCCUGUAUGCAUGGCAAUUCAUUGGAAACCAAUUCGACUAUGUUGUGGACAUGUAUUCUGUAUUCAAUGUCUUAUCAAUGCUGGACAUAGAAAGAUAAAAAAUUGUCCUAUAUGCCGAGCUGAAAAUGCAAUUGUAAUUUGGAUUCAUCGUUAA